CGAGAGGGAGAGGAGGAGAGAGAAAGUGAGCUCACGUUCGCACAUUGGUGAAGAGGCUGGUCUUGCAAUGCCUUUGAAUAUUUUACUUUUAGGCAGUUUCCCAUCAGUCAGUCACACACAUCCGAGCCGAGCUGACGCUAACUACAGCCAUGGACAGCACUAGGCGAGCUCAAAUCUAAUCGCACGCAUUAAACCCCCAGGAUAUCUUUUUUAAAUUACAUAUUUACACACACACACACACACACACACACACACACACACACACGCACAGGCAGAGCCGCUACCGCCCGCCAAGCAAACACCUUGUCUCCUCUCGCAGGAUACACACGCGCACACACAUCCCUCUUUAUCUCCUCCUGGCUUCCCGGAGGAUCGUGCCGGCUGUUUUUCAUGGAGAAAGUCCAGGGAGAAAUGGAGAUUGAGAGAUGGGAAAGAAGUGAGGAGAUCUCAGACGCGGAGAAAAAGGUUAUCCAGGAGACAUGGAGCAGAGUAUACGCAAACUGCGAGGACGUCGGGGUCUCCAUACUCAUCAGGUUUUUCGUCAACUUCCCAUCGGCCAAGCAGUACUUCAGCCAGUUCAAGCAUAUGGAGGACCCACUGGAGAUGGAGAGGAGCUUGCAACUGCGUAAGCACGCUCAGCGGGUCAUGGGUGCCAUUAACACUGUGGUGGAGAACCUCAGUGACCCAGAAAAGGUCUCCUCCAUUCUGGCCCUGGUGGGCAAGGCCCAUGCCCUCAAGCACAAAGUGGAGCCCAUCUACUUUAAGAAACUCACUGGUGUCAUGCUGGAGGUCAUCGCUGAAGAAUACGCCAACGACUUCACCCCGGAGGUGCACAGUGCUUGGACCAAGAUGAAAACCCUCAUCUACACCCACGUGACGGCGGCGUACAAGGAGGUGGGCUGGGCGCCGUACCCAAACGCCACCCUGUGAGCGGACAGUGGGGAAGGGCGAGGGGCAGGGGGGGAUGCGCUCGCACCAGGACUUCACUCUGGUCUCUUCUCAAGAUCUUCGCUCAGUCUGGGGAGCCCGGCGGGGCCAGCUCUGUUAGCUGCCAAGUCAAAAUUUGAUCUCCAUGGGGUUAAAAAACAAAACAAGCCAAAAAAAAAAGAAAAAACGCAAAGAGGGUGCAGGUGGGUCAGGGUGAAGCAGUGGCAGGGGACGCUGGAAGAGGGGAGAGAGCUGGUUGUUGGCUCUGUCUUACAGCCCUGGCUUGUCAGCCGCCACCUUCCCAAACCCUGUGCCUCACUUAAACCAUUUCUGAGAAACUCCCUUGCACAAAUCUGGCAGCGAUGCGUAGCCCUGUUCACCGAUGAAUUAAAUGACCCUUGUUUUCUGUGCAAAGCCCCCGGGUAAACCUGGCUCCUUGCUUUUUGGGAUGUGAUGCUUAUCGGGACUGCUGGCUGCUCUCCUGCCCAGCUGGCAACGAAAAUGCUUUGCUUUGCCUGCACUUUCUCGCCUCGCCUCCCAGGAUGGCAGCCCUGGACUCGCCACGGCUGCAGCCAGAGCUGCACGUCACUGCACAUCACCGGUCCAGCAGCAGCACUUGCCUCUCUUCAUCCAAAAUCCCGCUUCUUGGCUUCUGUUGCAAACUGUCCUGGGCAUGGAGGGAGCAAGGGGACAGGAGAGACAUGCCACUCCUCUCCAGUGUGACAGUGGGGAAGGAGGGGACCUGUCUGGGGCAGCUGCCCCUCGUGGCCUGCAGCUUGGCACUGCAAGCCGGCUGGAUCCCUUGUGCAGGUAGCUGCUGGCUGCUACGCACCAGCCACAGGCACCAGAUCCAGGGAGCGGGUGAGCCGAUCCGUCUCCCCUCAGCUCCUCCGGGGUUGCCUCAGGAGGCAGGGACACGCUUGCGAAUCGGCUCGGACAGCGUGUGUUAUGCUUUGGCCAUUGCCUGCUGCUCCAGGAGCUGGCGAGUGCUGGUCUGGCAGCCAGGAGGAGGGAGAUGGAGGGAUGUAGAGCCAGGGCGCCUCUGCCUUGCUCUGCAAGGAGGGAAGUUCAGGCCGGGCUCAGGAGGGGGGAAAGAUGAAGUGAGUGUACCAGGACAGACUCCUGGGUGUGAUGGAAGGUCCCUGCUCUGCUAAAAUAAAUAAAUCCUUUGUUAUGCAGAACAUAUUCCUGCCCUGGUGAAACCGGGUUCCUUCAAAUAAAGUGCCUGGUAGAAAUCUUUCCAUGCAGGAUGCUGCUUGCAUCCUCAUGGACCAUCAAUCCUCCCGCCUGGUCCUGGCAAAGGGCUCUGUGACCCCAGCGAGAUGUGGUUGCUGUGGGAGCAGUGUGGUCACAGUGCUCCUCCUGCCUCCAGCACUGGCUUUGCUGAAGCUUUGGGCAAGUCUGCUUAUUUUUGCUGCCUCAGUUUCCCCUUUGGUUACUAAAAGAAAAAAGGAGGGAUAGCCACAUCCCCUCUAUCACACACGGGCUCUGUUUUAUCGGAUCCUCUGGGGAUCAAUGGGUGAAAGUCUGGGGAUGAAAUGUGAAGUUCACUAGGAUGCUUUGGCAUCCUUGCCACCCGGUAUUCCUCAGUGACACCCUAAAAUGUCUCUGCUAUUCUUCUAGCUCAGAUGUUAAGGGCAAUAUUACUUCUUCAAAGUGGGCAGGGGAGUUCCCUUCUUCUGAGAUUUCUUCUGGCCUCCAACCAGUGCCACCCUCAAAAGCGGCUGUCUUCCAGGGGACACCCGCUCUUCUCCUAGAUGUUGACUCUGUGUCUAGUUCUGCUCCUUCUCUGAGAUAAUGUUGCUCUUCCCACAAAGCUGAAAUUUUCUUGUAGCAGGAGACAGAAAGAUGCCAGUGGCCACGUCCUCUGCCUUGAGAGGCUGCAGGGAGAGGUCUCGUGCGGGUCCCCAUCCUGCUCUCAGGAGCCCUCUCAUGAUGCGCAGACCUAAAUAGUGCUCAGCAGGGGCUUGGCACAGGGUGCCUUUGGUGUGUUGGGGCCCUCUGGGAGUUCUUGAGUCAGAUGACAUGAUUUGAAGUUGCAGAUAGCCCAGUGUCUGUCACCCCGGCCAGGGCAAGGCAGGAACGGUGACUUCCCUCCUCAUUUUGACUCAUUCUUCCAGCUGUGCCCCUUUGCCUCCACUCUUUCCUCUCUCACUUGUCUUUCUUUUCCCAUUUAAUUGCCAGCAAUGUUACCUGCCGGGUAGGUUUCUCCCACCGGAGACUCCCCUUUCCGUGCCCUCACAGGGUGGGGUACCUCUGCUACCAGGGUGGCCCCAAAAAGCCUCUUGGCCCUCUCCCAUUUGUAUCAGCCCUUCAACAUGAAAGGGAGAGCACAGGGCUGCUUUGGGCAAGACGCUCCUUUGAGCAGGGACCGCGUCAACUUCGGUAUCUCAAGCACCCCGAGGAUUUAAUUCUUACCAUUUCUUACCCCAUUUGCCUACUGCACAGCUGUUACCCCUCAUUCUCAUCCUUGAUUUUGCCUUCAAAGCUAGUAUGACCACUGCGUGCCUCUGUCCUAGAGCCAGGGUGAGCGGCUGCUUGGAGGCAGCGUUAGAUGCAACGAGUUGUGCCAGACGGCCUCCUCUCCCCCUUCCUCCUCUGGCCGUGCAGCCCAGCAGCCCGCCCUCCCCUCUGCGGCUGGCCUUGCCCCAGGGCAGGGUGCUCGGGAGAAGGCGUUUUCCCCUCUUGCGUUCAUCUCGGGGUUCCUCUGCGCUCUGCUUUACGUAGCCUGGAGUUCCUGCCAUCGCCCAGCAGCCUGGCUCUGGGCAACAGGGAAUUCGUGGCAGAAUCCAAGCUGCUUGGCCACGUUCCCCAGCCCAUCACCGCGGUGCUCCGUUGCCUUCCUCCACUCGCGCCCGUUAUUUUUCCCGUGCAGAGCCCAGCUGCAGGGCUGCAAGGAAACCCCCGGCAUAAGAGUCUUCAGGCCUCUCGGAAAUGGCUUCCCUUGCGGAGCAAGGAAUACCAGCUCUGCCAGGGAAAGAAGGAGGUUUCCCAGCUCAAACAGUGAGCAGGAUCCCAAACUCCUCCCGCCCGGUGGGGAAGGGAAGGCAGGGCCAGACCUCUUCCAGGGACCAGAUCCUCCCAGGUCCCUUAUGGUCCGGGCCCGAGAGUGGUAUGAAACUCGCCCCGCUGCAGUCGCUCUUCUGCCUUGCAGCUCUUUCCUCCCCGUGACUAGGAACAAGCUGACGGAAGAGCUCCAGCCGGGAGCCGCCCUCCUGGAGCAGCCCGGGCAUGACCAAUGGGAAUAGGAGCUCAGGGUACAGCCGUCCCGCUUCCCGUGCCGUGGCUGAAAGGGUUGCAGAUGAGGAAGGGAUGGGUGCAUGGUGCCAGGGCUGGGCUAUACUUUAGAGCAUCAGCAUGUCCUGAAGUUCAGCCCACCAGCCUGCGCGCGUGAAGGUGCCAACAGCUGGCACCUCUGGCUCAGGGCUGCGUGUCUGCGCGGCUGCUCAUCGUUCGCAUCCUCUGCAGAGAUGUGUCUCAAAUGUCAGCUGUGCUCGCAGCUGGCCGGUGUCAGGGCUAGGGCCAUGCAGAUGGGAAAGGACCUGCUGAAUCACUGACUUUGUUCCAGCACGAGAGCAGAGCGUGAGCGCUGGGAGCACGAAUGUCAGGGUUUCUGCCUGCUUGCUGGGUAGCUUCACCGAUUCCUGCCAAAGCCUGGGGUCAACAGUGCAUUUUGUUGAUGAGUUCAUGUACUCUGCAGGCUGCGCAGAUAUGGGACCAGGUCAGAACUAGGAUGUUUCACAUUUAGGCAAAGUUCACGCGUUAACCUUGGAGUUUAACGUGCCCUAGGAGGGGAAUUCUGUUUUUCAGUGGAAAUCCUCUCCUCUCCCUCCCUGCUGGGCUUGGAUCGAGCCCGGCAGCAGUUAGCAACAAUCCCAUCAGCUUUACAGAAACAAGAGUCGCUUCCCAUGGCUGGGCUUGGGGAUGGGGCUGCUGCCCCCCAGCAAGUGAAGCCGGGCUGUCUCCACGGGCUCGAGGGCAUCACCGUGGGCGAAGGAAGCCCCAGAGUUAGGGAACAUUCAAACGUGGCUUAGUUUCUUCUUUUUUUGCAUCUCUAGACAAACUGGCCCUCCCAAACCCCCAGACACUCAUGCUCCAUGACUGUGUGUGUCUGCGUGCACACACAUGUGUAUGUUAGGCUUGUUUUUUUUUCCAGGCAUAUUUUUCUAAAUCAAAUCCAGAUGUGUACAGCUGCUGUCCCUCGAGAAUCUACUCCAUCAGCCAAAUUGCAGACCAUUAAAAUAUAUGCAAACAAAAACAUGUUUAUUUUUACCAGCUCUGUAGGAAGUAAAACGGAGUGGGGAGGGCAGCCAGGGGAGAGUUUGCUCAGGGAAUAGGCAGAGAUAAAGCAAACGCCCCCUCUUUGCCGCCCCCAGCACAGAACAGGCAUUGCUUAAACUGGGAAAACUCUCAUCUGGGGAGAGAUGAAAAUGAACAGAAAAAGGAAGAAGUAUCAUUCCAAAGUGACAGAGGGAUGAAAAAUGUGGUGUGGACGAGCAGAAAGGGAGGACAGGUCUUGGCUCAGAGCUUGGGUCUCUUGCGCGCCCAUGCACGUGCAUGCACAGCUGCUCUCCGUUACGGCACAGGCAUCUAGUUUGCAUCCAAGCUGGUCGCAGCCAGCCGGGGAUCCAUUUAUCAGCUCUUCCCGUUGGGCCCUGCUUACCGGAGCACGGCGUUUCGCCUCCCAGGGCGCUCCGGCAGCCCCUCCAGCCCCGGAUGUGUCCGGGCUGUGGUAAGGCCCCUGCCCACACAUGCCUUGGGCUCGGCUUUGCUGUCGUAGUGACGGCAGGUAGGAACCAACUUGCAGAAUAAUCCCUCAAAAGCUCACAGGUGAGCGGCGAUGGGGCCAGGUUGUGCCACCGAGCUUCGAGCGCUGGCUGGGCAUGUCCUGGGGGGGAGCAUGAUGCCAAGGACAGCUUGGGCCCUCCAUGAGCAGCCCUCGCUGGGGCCAUGCUGGGCUGUUCCCCUCCCUGGAGGGGGACCUCUGCGGAGGACCCCGACCCCUGCACCCUCCCGAGGCACCGCCGCGGCUCAGCCAGAGCGACCGCAGUGCUGCUCUUAGCUCUGCUCCCCCUCGUGCGCCCCGUGAAGCCAGCGGUGCUGGGCUCCUAGUCUCACUGGGACCCCGCUACCGAGUGCUGCAGGCAGGUUUGAAUCCAGGAUUCUUGAUUUUAUGGUUUUUCUUGUUCACAAGCACGGAGGGUCUCUAACACCCUGCCGAGCUGUGGCCAAGGAGGGAUCCAGCCUCCUCGCUCCGCGGUGGUUUGGUGCCCUACGUUAGCGCCAGGGCCAGGCUGGGACCAGUGCCCGGGGUGGGAACGUCUCUGUAGCCCCUGGCCAGUCCUAGGAUGGAUGUUGAGUCAACGGGGUGGGAUUCGGCCGGGCACGGGUAUCCUCAGGGUAGAGUCUAGUCCCGGCUCCCUCUAGGGACACCCGCUCGGAUGGGAUCGUGUCCGCCCAUCUGAAGGCCAAGCCACGUAUGGCCGGAUGGAGCUCAGUGCUCGAGGGAGGACAAAGCAUUAGGUACGGGAUGAGGCAAAGACCUGUCCUCUCUGUCUCCUCGUACUUACGGCUAGCACAUAAAAUAUAUAUAUCUCCAUAUAUGCAUAUACACCUAGAGAAAUACUCUGAAGCCACCAGAGACAUUUAGACAAGGAGCCCUUAAGGACCUUGCACCAUCUCCAUCGCCUUGGCUUACAGCGAUCCCAAGCCCCGCGGCCAGGGUAGCCAAACUCGCAGACUCUGACGGGGAAAUGCUGCGGCAUUUCUGCCGCUCUGAUUCCCUUCGAUGCGGGAAGGGGGAGCAUAGCGUCCCUCCGCUCCCUGGGGACGCGCUCACCGACUUCGGUGGGGACCAGACCUCGGCUCGCUGGACUCUGCGGCCAGAGCUCAGCCUUCCCUGCCCGUUGCGUAGGAAAUCGCCCUGUCGCGCUGACGUCGGCGCGGGGACUGCUCGGGGCCGGCACCGGUGACAGCAGAAAGAAAGGCAGAUACUUGCAAGGAAGGGGAAAAAAAUAUUAACUAAGCUUGGACCAGCUUAGCAGAAAGAGAGGGAUAAAAUUACCCGUGUGGGCCUGACCUAUUUAACAGACUGUAACGCUAACUAUUUUCCAUAGCUGAAGUUGUCUCUAAUUGUUAGUAUGUCUCUAACGAGUCCCACGGUGACCCACAGACAUGAGCCGGCGUGGUCCGAUGUAACUCUGUGUCUCUGCUGUUAGCGAUACUGCUACGGAUACCGUUCGUGUGCGUGUUCCUCGGCGCUUCCGUGCUGGUUUUAUACAUGCCGUUUCGUGUACGAUGGAUGUAACUGUUUUUCUUUUUGUAGGUUUUUAGUAUGUUUGUAACCGGACCGAAUGGUGUUAUUAAACUGAAACUUGUAUCUUCGGUGGAUAAAGCGCUCAAACCGC